UGCAGAGGUAGCUUGUUUGUUCUACUGUGAGAAAAGAAAAAAGGAGGCUGACAUUGAACGGGGAUGAGAAUACGGAAGGAAGGGGGAGAUUACGUGAGGGUAACUGUGUUCUUCAUGCGUUCAAGCGAGCACUCUUAAGACUGAGAGAGGCUGCUGAUUCUGUCAUUUUUCUUGUUAGUUUCUGCCAUGUUCAGUUCAAAUUGUGUGCUUCUUAAGAUUGGUUUGAGUCCUGGUUCAGAGAUCUCUUGCGGUUUUCUUAGCCAUGUUUGAUUGGAACGACGAAAAGGUUACACAUAUAGUAUGGGAUGAGGAUGACCAUAUUGUACCUUUCUCCAAGGAAGGAGAAGAUAAUCAGAGAGGUAUUUCUAGAGAAAGCCUCAAGGAGGUAUGGGAAAAUGAAGAUGAUAAGUCUUCGUCCAGUCAAAGAGCUCUCUCUGGUAAAACUGAUGUGCCCGGGCUUAAUAAAUUAGAAAGCUAUACACAGCAUGAAGUGCAUAAAAGAAAUUGUUCCACAGUUAUGUCCCUCUGCCCUGAUUUGUCCUCGUCAGAUGUUUCCAGAACUGAUCAAGAUUCCUUUGACACUGAAUUGUCUAAUAAUUUGACUGAAAUUACCAAAUUGGAUUCCUCAAAAGAUGUGACUCCUCAAGUAAAUAAGGGCUCAGAAGCAUUUCAUAAUGGAGAUGAUGAUAGAGUGCAAGGUGAUUUUCUUGACUUCGGAUGGGCUAACAUUGGAAGCUUUGAUGAUCUUGAUAGAAUUUUCAGCAAUGAGGAUUCAAUAUUUGGAAAUGCAAAUCUGGGUAAUGAUGAUGAGCUAUGGUCCUCUUCCAAAACUGUUACUGGAAAUCCAGAAAAAUUCUUUCCCCUUCCCCUGGACUCUUCAAGUCCAGAGCUAGGAGGAUUCAGAGGCUCAUCUAACCAAUAUGAGAGUUUGGUUACAAAUCAAGAUAAAAUGGAGUUUACUGGGAACAUGACUAAACAGAUGAAAGAAGAGGAGAAUAAUCUGUCUUUCCUUGGAAAGACGUCAUCAUUGAACACCCAUUUGGGUACUGGAAGCAUGACCACAGCCUCCUUGAAUGAUGAUCUGACAGGCAAGGUUUCUGUUUCCAGUAGGAAAAGUUCCAGACGGAGGAGAAAAAAUUCUGAAAGAAAGGAUUGGCCUGAUUACCAUGCUUCAUGGACAAAUUCUGGAAACCAGUUUCACCAAUUAGAUGGGCAUCUCGGUCCAUCAAUUCUCACUCAGCAAACACAGUUUCCAAUUUCAGUCCCUUCACAAUAUCAACCUUUUGCUUACCCAUUGAUGAAUCCAAAUCAAAACCAAUAUGGAAGUAAGACAGUCCUUCCACAUAUUUAUCUUCAGGAGGAUUAUCGAAAAGUUAUCUCACCUUAUGAAGCUUCUCCAACUAAAUUGAAUCCUUUGAAGAGCAAAUCAUCACAGCCUCUGAGAAUGACACCUCAGGAAAAGAUUGAGAAGUUGAGGCGAAGACAGCAAAUGCAAGCAUUGCUUGCCAUUCAGAAGCAACAACAACAAUACACUCACAAGGUCUCUUUAGAUGAGAAUCCGAAAAUCCAGCCAGAGGUUGAUAAUACCAGUUUUGAUCCUAACUCUUCUAAACAAGACGAUUCGGAUAUCCUAUCUGUAGCGGUUGAUGAUUAUUGCUCCAUUGAGGGUACGAUAUUACACCGGAUAAAAAAUAUAGUUGACAAGUUGGAUGUCAAUACAAAACUCUGCAUACGAGAUAGUUUGUUUCGAUUGGCAGAAAGUGCACAGUUGAGGCACUAUUCUAAUGACACUAGCAGUUCCAAUGGAAACAACAGAGCUGAUCCUCUGAGUAAAGAAGAAAUAAGUACACAAAACAGGUUAAGCCAAGCUCCUCCUGAUUCAGAAACCGAGACAAAUCCAAUUGAUCGAGCUGUGGCUCAUCUUCUCUUUCACAAGCCUCUAGAAUCAUCAUCCUUAGGAAAGCAUCCAUGGACACCUGGUUCCGCAACCCUUCCACUUGAAAGGAAAAAAAAAACACAAAUGUUGUAUCAUUCAUCUGGAUCAAGAAGUUCUCAUUUAUCAUUGGACGGAGGAGAUCCAUCCAAAAAUACAUCGCAAAAUGCCUCAAAUGUUGAGUCAGCCAUAGAUGGAGCUUGUUUGGAGGCUGAACCACAAACUCAGUUAUCAUAUGAGGAUAUAUAAGGGUAAUUCCUUCUUUCUUUAAUAUAUGUUUUUUUACUGUCAGCUGACAUGAUCUUCAUCAUUCAGCAUGGUAACCUCCUAAGAUCAUAUCAUCGGCUCCUCCUUCAUAAGACAGUUGUUUUGCUCAAUCUUUGAAAAGAAGACAACAAAUCCCUGUAAUAAUAUUUUUUUUUAAACUCAGUCAUGAAUUUGUUUGUGUUAUGGUGUAAUUAAGCUACCCAACUUCAACCUACUAAGUUUGUGGAUUGCCUGUUCAUUGACAUUUUUUCAAUGUGAAGUUUAUAUAUGAAAUUGUUUGCUAUC